AUGAAACAUAUUUCAUCUAUUUUAUUAAUUUAUUGUCAGAUUAUUACAAAAACUGGCAUAACAUCACAUUCAAUGUGAAUGGAACUUUAAAUUAGAUUACUUUAGCUAAAAAUUUCAUCCUAAAAUAAGACUGAAAAGAAAAGAAAAAAAUAAAUAGGACUAUAUAUCACCGAUUAUUACACCGGCUGGAGAGCACCGUCGACCCAUCUUUCCAUCGCUAAAAAAAUAAAGUAAAUAUGAACAUAGUAGAUGUUAUUAUACUUGAUUACUAUUUUUUGUUUAAUAAAAGUAGUCACUUAUUUUGGAGGGUGAGGAACACGUGACAACCUAUGUAAUCGGCUCUUCCAUUCUUCAAUCUCGAUCUCCUAGGCCGCACCGCAGCGGUGAUCUUCACAGAGAAAUGGCGGCAGUGGAGAUCGUCGACUCCUCCAUGGUGACACCCGGCGAGGCCACACCGGGGCACGCGAUAUGGCUCUCCAACCUCGACUUGCUGGUGGCGAGGAGCCACACCCCCACCGUCUACGUCUACCGGCCAACUGCCUCCGACGACCCGGCCUCCUUCUUCUCGCCGGACGUCCUCAAGGCCGCCCUGUCCAAGGCGCUCGUCCUCUUCUACCCCCUCGCUGGCCGGCUCGCUCAGGACAGUGCCGGUAGGCCGGAGAUCAGCUGCACCGGCGAGGGUGUGCUGUUCGUCACAGCUCGGAGUGGCGCGGCCGUCGACGACCUCGGCGACUUCGCCCCAUCGGACGAGCUCCGGCGGAUGCUUGUCCCCAUGGCUGAUGACGCGAGCGGCGGCGGCCUCGCCGGCGUCUUGGCCAUGAUCCAGGUGACGUUCUUUAGGUGUGGCGGGGUGUCCCUGGGCGUCGCGGUCCACCACACGGCGGCGGAUGGCCUCGCGUCGCUCGACUUCGUCAACACGUGGGCCGCCAUAGCAAGGGGCGCCGCCGCCGCCGGCGAGGCUAUGGCGCGGCCGCGGCUGUGCCUCGACCGCACGCUCCUCCGCGCGCGCUCCCCUCCCGCCGUGCUCUUCGACCACGCCGAGUACUCCCGUCGCGGCGGCGGGUCGAAACUCCCGUUUCUCUCGGCCAUCCUCCCUCUGUCCAAGAACCAACUCAACGCGCUCAAGGGCGUCGGCGCCGGCGGUGUCCAAGGCAAGAAGCUGUCCACUUUUACGGCGGUGGUCGCCCACAUAUGGCGGUGCGCGUGCAAGGCGCGAGGGCUCGCGCGAACGGAGGAGACGCGGCUGUACAUGACCGCCGACGCUCGCACCCGCGUGCAGCCGCCGCUCCCGCGCCGCUACCUCGGGAACGCCAUCUUCCGCGCGUCGACAGUGGCCAAAGUGGACGACAUCAUCGCCACCGGCGGUCCGCUCGACACCGUCGCAGAGAAGGUCUCCGGCGCCACGGCGCGGCUUGACGACGACUACGUCCGCUCAUUGCUGGACUACCUGGAGCAGCCGGCGAGCGGCGGCGGCGCGGCGGGGCUGCGCAAGGGGGAGUGGGUGAUGCCGGCUACCGACCUGUGGGUGAUCAGCUGGCAGGGGCUGCCGCUGUACGACGCCGACUUCGGCUGGGGCCGGCCGGCGUUCAUGGGCCGUGCGUGCCUCCAGUUCAGCGGCCUCGUCUACCUCGUGCCAGGCCCCGACGGCGACGGCCGGCUCGACGUCGUGGUGGCCAUGGAGCCCGAGAGCCUAGCCAAGUUCAAGAAGGUGUUCUACGACGAGCUCAGCUCAAGUGUUGGCACUCUUCGAGCUUAGUCGUUUCGAGUGAGCAUCCCAUCACACGCUGCUUCUGUGAAGCAAGGCCGAAAUAAAUUUUACUAUUAAAAAGAAAAUGGGUCCGAUGAAAUGUUUAAAAAUUUUAAUUCUAUCAAUAAAUUUCAGUUAUUAUUAUGGGAUGAUACUGAAAAUAUGACACACAAGUCAAAAAGCCCAUACACGUCCUCCCCAUAUAUUACCCACGUGUUUGAUACCAGAAAAAAAUUAAACGUUUAAUCAAUAGCAAAAGUAAAUUAUAGAAGGAGCAAUUUUUUUUUGCCACAGAGUUCGCUGUAUACCUAGCUGUCACGGUUGCAAAAUGCAAGAUGCAAGGAGGGAGAGACUGAAAGAUGUAUUUAUAGGCGCUCUUUGUCCGUUCUUUGCCGAGCUAUU